CCUGGAUUACCCAUCACUUUUACCCUCGCAGUCUGUGCGUCGAUCGAACAAGGUGAUGGAUAGAUGACGGCGGUCAGAGAGAGCCCAACAGUUGCGACUCUCGGCCCCUUUUCAUUCGUCCUUUGGCCAUCAUGGCGGAUGCUACGCUCCAGUCAUGGGAGUACCUCGAGACGCUUCCAGGUACCCAAUUCUACCGCCUCUACAGGAGUCCAUCUUCUGCUUUGGCGAUAUUCAGAAAGCGGCUGUCAGCGCUGGCAAAAUCCUUCGUCUUGAUGCUGUUGUACAUGCCCCGGCCUCUGCCAGUGAAACAACUGGAACAUUUUGUCAAGGACACCAGCAGAGGGGAACGCGAGCACGCCUUGGAUUUGCUGCACCGCUACCACAUAUUUCGCGAUGUCACUCUCCACUCGACCAAAGCAUAUGCGCUGACUCCGGACUUUGCUAGAUCUCUCCGCCGCGCUCUGACGGGGGCAGGGGACAGCCGGUCUUUUGGCCAGGUCGCGCGAGUCCCGGAGAGUGAUAGAGUCACUAUAUCGCAACUGGACGAGUACUCUCGCCAACGAUGGGAAGGUAUAUUAGGCUACAUGGUUGGCUCAUCAUCUAUCCCACUUGAAACAGCCAACGAGCAGCCAGCGAUCGACCCGGCUCCGGGAGUUAUUGAGCUUCUCAAAGCGGGUCAUCUCAUCGAGGUCAGCGGGGCCUACAAUCACGGCCAAAGAGCCAGGAUCACAAAGGAAGGCUUUGCGUUUGUCCUGCAAGACAUCAACACUCAAGUUUGGGCAUUGCUGUUUCUCUACGUGGACAACGCCGAGGUCUUUCACAUGGACAAAGUCGACGUCCUGUCCUUCCUUUUUCUUGUCUCGUCCCUCGAGCUGGGGCUCGCAUACUCGACCUCGACUCUGGACGAAACUCAGCGGCGCUGCCUCUCUGACCUCGUCUCUCUCGGGCUCGUAUACCAGCCUCUCUCAGACGACGGCAUCACUCCUGACACUUACUUCUACCCGACGCGUUUGGCCACGACGCUGACAUCCGACUCCGCCUCGGCCCUCUCGACAACCAACCUUACCAUCGGCACCUCCCUCUCCCAGAAAUAUUCCUCUUCCUCGGGGACCACGACGCCUUCCGGCACCGUCACACAAAAGGGCUUCAUAAUUGUCGAGACCAACUACCGCGUCUACGCCUACACGUCCUCUCCCUUGCAGAUCGCGCUCCUCUCACUGUUCGUCAACCUCCGUUCCCGCCACCCGAAUCUCGUCACGGGGAAAAUGAGCAAGUCCUCCGUCCAACGAGCCGUCCAGGCCGGCAUCACCGCCGAUCAGAUCAUCUCGUAUCUGACGACCCACGCGCAUCCCCAGAUGAGGAGACACGCGCAGGCCGAACAAGCCGCGCUGCUGGCACGAGGCACCGCCACUGAGUCGCAGGUGCAGCGGACGGUGCCGAUCCUGCCGGCCACGAUUUUGGACCAGAUCCACCUGUGGCAGCUGGAACGCGACCGCAUGACGACCACGCCGGGCUUCCUCUUCCGGGACUUCUCCACGCGCGCGGAGUACGAGGCCAAUUGUCGGUACGCGGACGAGACGGGCGUCCUGGUGUGGAAGGACGAUGCGAAGCGGCUGUUCUUCGUCACGCGCCUGGAGGGCGUCCGCGCGUUCAUGGCGGAGAGGAGAGCGACUGGAUCUAGUGGUGCAGCACAAGGCUGAAGUUGGGGUUUACGUUUAUAGGAUGAAGAAUCUUAAAAGUGGCGGGAUAUAUCACUGCGAGGCUGGGCUGGCAAGGACAAUGGGAAAAUGGAAAAUGAACACCAUUAUCUGCGAAGCAUUGGGCGUGGGACCAUGUGUUCUCCUGUACGAAACCCGUGACGUCGCUAUUGAAUGAUCGAUAUUCAAGGCAUGGCGCUGGUGCUUACAUGGGGUUAAUCAGAGCAUUUGACAAUAAAGAGCUGGGAUACAAUUGACGUGCGAUCUCACAGCAAUAGGAGACAGGUUCUGGUCUGUCGGACUGCUGGCUCUUGUUACCUCUGAAGCUCCAACAAUAGUAUCUCGGUGUUGGCAACGUCACUUUCUUGACUACACCACCCACCCACCCGACCACUCGUUCACCCAUUCAACAAACCACUCACGCUCACUGCUGUGGCCCAUUGUCCACCUCGAGCCGCAAGGGCAAGGAGAGCGGGAUACAUCCUCCGAUGCCCCCCCGCGCUGCACCGCAGCAAAGUCACGC